GUUGCCUUUGAGAAGUAAAGCAUAAGCCUUUCGAGGAUUCUUCUUGCAGCCUCUCCAUUGGAUACGACAGUUGCACAUCAAGUCAAGGAUUCAAAAAUGGUUUCCCAGGUCCUGCCAACUAAAGGGGACGAGGGGCAGCCGGCCACUGUUCGUGUGACUUGACCCGAAGAGUUCGCAUAUUGUAGUCUCUCUUAACCCUAUAACAUAAGGCUUGUGACAUGUGCCGCAAGAAAAAGAUCCGUUGUGAAUCAACCGCGCAAGGAUGCGCCCAGUGCACAAAACAUCGCACAAAGUGCCACUUCACGCUAAUUGCAAUGAAGAGGAAGCCUCGCAGACCAGCUGGCUUCAAAUACAUUGCACAGCUUGAAGAAAGGCUCUCAGCACUAGAGAACAUGAGCUCUCAAGGAGAAAAGUCUUCUGUGCCAGGCGACAACCGGCCUGAAGAGCAAACCAAUCCCGCACUAUCACCCAAUACAGCGGCACUGAUCACAUUUACGAGGGAAAGUAAUUCAUGGAUUCCGAUGAGCGAGUCACGUAUUCCGUCACCAAAACACACCGACAGUCCAGGAGUUGAUCUUGAUGUUGCAUUGCGCGCACACAACUGCGGCCAACCCGAUUCUCCUGCGGUCCGUGGUUUUGUAAGUGACUCCAUAGCUGGCAGUCCGUGGCCUCAUCUUUUCCCAGAGUCACGACCACUUUCUCUGCCAGGGCGCGGGCAGCUUCCCUCAAAGGCAGUGGCUCUAGAGCUGGUCAAGGAGACUUUUAAUAACUAUAAUAGGUUUCUUCCGCUUUUUAACAAAAAAGACUUCCUAGCAAUAAUUAUUUAUAUCGAUAGCUUACUAACGAUUAAUUUUAUAUAGGAAAAAAUUCGGUACUAGUAGGAUAUAGGGG